AUGCCUUCUUCUAACGAAACUUAUUUUAUCACUGGUGGUAAUAAAGGUAUUGGCUUUGAAAUAGUCACUCUAUUAUCCAAAUCCAGUGAUAAGAAUGUCAUCAUCACCACUACUAGAUCUCCAGAAAGAGCCAAGAAGUUGUAUGAAUUAGCUAAGAAGUUCACUAACAUUCAUGUUAUUGAUUUAGAUGUUGGAGAUGCCAAAUCAAUCAAUACUAUUGAAGCUCAAUUAGACAAGAUUGGAGUUAAAGGAAUUGAUAUUUAUAUUUCCAAUGCUGCUAUUUUCCAAUCAUUGGAUCCAAUUUUAAAGACCGAUGCUGAUGUAUUUUUAAAACAUUAUGCUGUCAACACUUUAGGUCCAUUUUUAGUAUUUCAAAAGGUAUAUAAAUACUUAUUAGCCAAGGACACUAGAAAGGCUAUUUUUAUUAGUUCAGUUUCAGGUACUAUCUCUAAAAGUCCUUCAUUUCAUACUACUGCUUAUGGUCAAUCCAAAGCUGCUUUAAAUUAUUCUGUUAUUCAAUUAUCAAAAGAAUUAGCUUCCGAAAAUUUCAUUGUAGUACCACUUCAUCCAGGUACAGUUACCACAGAAACAGUCGUAGGAUCACUUGCCCCUCUUGAAUAUACUGAUCCAAAUUCCUAUGAAACAAUCAAAGCUCGUAUGAUUGGUCCAGAAGAAAGUGCUAAAGGUUUGAUUUCGGUCAUUAAUGGACUCGAAGCAAAAGAUUCUGGCAUUUUCUAUAAUUACAAAGGUAAAGUUUUACCUUUCUAA